AUGGUUCUCCAAGAUCUCGGUCGCCGAAUUAACACGGCCGUCACAAAUCUCACCAGAGAGCCCAACCUCGACGAAAAGGCCUUCGAUGGAAUGCUCAAGGAGAUUUGCGCCGCCCUUCUCGAGGCCGAUGUCAAUGUUCGCCUUGUCGGCCAGCUGCGAAAGUCGAUCAAGUCUACUGUCAACUUCAAGGAACUCCCACCCGCCGUCAACAAGAAGCGCCUGAUCCAGAAAGCUGUCUUUGAUGAACUCGUUAAGCUUGUCGAUCCCCACGCCGAACCCUUCAAGCCUAAAAAGGGCAAAUCCAACAUUAUCAUGUUUGUCGGUCUGCAGGGUGCCGGUAAGACGACGACAUGUACGAAGCUCGCGCGACACUACCAAGCCAGAGGCUUCAAGGCAUGCUUGGUUUGCGCCGAUACCUUCCGUGCCGGUGCUUUUGAUCAGCUGAAGCAGAACGCGACCAAGGCCAAGAUUCCCUACUACGGCUCAUUGACGGAGACGGAUCCCGCGGUGGUCGCACGAGACGGUGUUGAGAAGUUCAAGAAGGAGAAGUUCGAGGUAAUCAUUGUCGAUACCUCCGGUAGACACAGGCAAGAGGAGGCUUUGUUCCAGGAGAUGGUUGAUAUCCAGACGGCAAUUCGACCCGACGAGACUAUCAUGGUGCUCGAUGCAUCCAUUGGUCAGCAGGCUGAGUCGCAAGCCAAGGCUUUCAAGGAGGCGGCGGACUUCGGAGCCAUCAUCAUCACAAAGACUGACGGUCACGCCCACGGUGGCGGUGCCAUCUCCGCUGUAGCGGCAACACACACACCAAUUGUUUUCAUCGGUACGGGUGAGCACAUGCUUGACCUCGAGCGCUUCGCACCACAACAAUUCGUUUCAAAACUGCUCGGCAUGGGCGACAUGGCUGGUCUCGUAGAGCACGUCCAAAGUCUGAAGCUGGACCAAAAGGAUACGAUAAAGCACAUCACCGAAGGUAUCUUCACGGUCCGUGACCUGAGGGACCAGCUCUCCAACAUCAUGAAGAUGGGCCCACUAUCCAAGAUGGCCGGUAUGAUUCCUGGAAUGAGCGGCAUGAUGCAGGGCAUGGACGAUGAGGAGGGCAGCGCUAAGCUCAAGCGCAUGAUCUACAUCUGCGACUCGAUGACGGACAAGGAGCUUGACUCGGACGGCAAGAUCUUCAUCGAACAACCGACGCGUAUGACACGUGUAGCCCACGGCUCGGGAACGUCGGUACGUGAGGUUGAGGACCUGCUGACGCAGCAGCGGAUGAUGGCCGGCAUGGCCAAGAAGAUGGGCGGCAACAUGAAGAACAUGCAGCGCGCCCAAUCAGCUAUGGCCGGUGGAAACAAGGCACAGCAGUUGGCUGCCAUGCAGAAGAGGUUGCAGAGCAUGGGUGGCGCCGGUGGUGGCGGCGGAAUGCCGGACAUGGGCAGCUUAAUGAAGAUGCUCGGCGGCGGCGGCGGCGGCGGUGGAAUGCCUAACAUGCAGGCUAUGCAGAACAUGAUGCAACAGAUGGGCAUGGGAGGCGGUAUGCCUGGCAUGGGUGGUAUGGGCGGCAUGGGCGGUGGCCGUGGACGACGCUAG